AUGGGAUCCACCCUUCUGCUCAUCAUCGUGAGCCUCAUCGCGGGGGCUCUUGGCGUGACGACGGUCGUUCUGCUUCUGCGCAAGGCGCCGACGUCGCUCACCUCGGUCGGCGUGACGGAGCGCGUGCGCUCGGUCGGGCGGCUCGUCGGGCUGGAGGUGCACGCGAAGGAGAUCGCGACGUCCACCAAGGGGUGGUCGUGGAUGCCUCCCAUCCUCCUGAGCCAGGCGAAGAUCGCGAUGAUCUUUCACUUCGAGAAGCAGUACUCCGUCGAUCUCGCGCGCCUCACCGACGAGCACGUCGAGUGCACGGGCGUGAACCAGUACCGCGUGACGCUCCCUGCAGUGGAGGGCGCGCUGCGGCUCACGGACGUGACGCCGUACGACAUCCAGGCGGGCCGGAUCCUGGGCCUGCUGGACGUGAUCCAGAUGAACGCCCAGACGCAGGCCGCGCUGAUGCAGGCGGCGCAGGAGCAGGCGGCGAGCCUGUACGCGGAGAACGAGACGAAGUACAUGACCGAGGCGAAGCGGAGCAUCGAGCGUCAGAUCGCGUCGCUGCUCGGGCUGAUGAAUGUCGAGGUGGAGAUCGUCUGGCGCGAGAGCGAGACUCGCAUGGGGGACAUGAAGGUCGCGAAGGCGGUGAAGGAUCAGCUGGGGAUGGCGGGCUGA